AUGACUGGUUUUUACGAUUUUCCAGAGCGGGGACGGAGGGACGAAUCAUGGGACCUCUUGCGUUCUCUGGCUAACAGGUCUACCCUACCUUGGGUGGUAUUGGGAGAUUUUAAUGAUCUCAUCUUUCAGAAUGAGAAGCGAGGUGGCAAUCCACAUCCAGACAGGCUCCUACGCGGUUUUGGGGAGGCUGUGGAUGACUGUGGUUUGCUCCAGUUGCCUAUGCAGGGCUACCCGUUCACUUGGGACAGAGGAAAGGGGACAACGGAUUGGAUGGAGGAGAGGUUGGAUAAGGUGCUCGCAAGGGCGGACUGGUGCAAUUCUAUACCGGCUGCUUCUGUGACUAAUAUCCUCACCAGGUCUUCUGAUCACUCGGCCCUCUUCUUGGGGGUUAAGGCGGAAAAUCGAAGGCAUGGUAAUGCACGUAGAUCUUUCAAGUUUGAGAUGGCAUGGCUCUUUGAUGAGGGGUUGCUUCGCUGGGGUGGUGACCAUUUUCACAACUUUGGUAGUAAGAUAAGGGACUUGCGGAAAUCUCAAUCACAUCUGAGAGGCUCAGUACACCCCGACUCUCUUGCGGAAUUCCAGCGCAUUGAAACUGAGUUAUGUCAGCUGGAGGCCCAGGAGGAUUCUUUCUGGAGACAGAGGGCUAAGUAG